GCUAAAUUCUUUCUCAAAAAAACAAGCCAUAUUAGUUACACGACUGUCUUCAAUCUCGUUUUGGUCUGUUAUUUCUAUCUAAACUUUCUCCUUUUACCAUUUGGCCUCGAUAUUUUUAGACCAUGAAAAAUUUAAGCAGUGGCGUCGCCCGGGCUCGAACCGGAGACCUUCAGUGUGUUAGACUGACGUGAUAACCAACUACACCACGACACCAACGGUGUUCACCCUAUGUGAUUAAUUUUUCAUUGGCAAAAGUCAGGAGAGUGGAUUAGACCAAGAGCAGUAGUAGCUGUAGCGAAGAGAGCCAGAAAUGAUGGUGAGCAAUUCAAUCUCUCUUCUUACUAUCCCUACUACCACUGCCUCUACUUCCAAUUCAAUAUCCUUUCGUCUUCUAAUUCCAAAUGGAACUCUUAAAUCAUUUUCAACUGUGUCACAGUUCACUCUCCGCUUCAAGAACAACACUUUCCUCUCUUCUCCGCUACCAUCUCAAACUACCCUUUUUAAUUUCCCUUCUCUUUCGCUCAAAAGGUGCAAUCUUUUUUCUCUUUAUGCACUGAAGAAAAAACCCAGAAAUGGCAGCACUGCCCUCAUGGACAUGAGUGACUUGGAGGAUGAUGAUGAUGAUUUUGAUGAUGAACUUGAUGCUUUUGAUGAUGAUUUCGUUGAUGAGGGUGACGAGGAGGAGGAAGGGAUGCUUUUGCCAUUUGGUAAAAUGAAAAAGUGGCUAGAGAACAAGCCACGUGGGUUUGGUGAGGGGAAGGUUUAUGAUACUUUUGUUGAAGAUAAGCUGCUUGAAGAAAUUGAACAGAGUAGAAAAGCACAAGCUGCUAACUUGGAUACUCUUAAAAAUAACCCAGUUAAGCCUGCAUCCGAGAAAGAUGGUCAAAAGAACAAAGUGGCUGAAGUUGUACCUAGUGGCAUUAGAGUGCGCAUUAUCAACCUUCCAAAGAAAAGGAACAUCCACAGAGAUCUACAAUUAGCAUUCAAAGAAGUUCCUGGUGUUGUUAAUAUAUUCCCAGCAGUUUCUGGAAAUAAGAAGACGAAAGACCCUGUUUGCAAGGGCUUUGCCUUUGUUGAUUUCAAGUCUGAGGAGGAUGCUGAUAGGUUUGUGCAACAAUUCUCUGGACAAAGUAUAGUAUUUGGCAGGAUUCAGAAGCAGAUAAAAUGCAUGAUGACAAAUGGACACUCUUCCAACUCUUCUGAUGAUGAAUCAGCAAGCAGCUUCUAUUCUGAUUCAAACUUGACAGUUCCUGCUCUUGAAGCAGAUAUAGAUGCUAAUGCUGAUAUGGAUGACUCAUGCUCUGAAGAAACUUCAUCUGAUGUACCUGAUGACAUGGAUGAACUCAGAACAGAAAAAUUGAAAGAUGUUACUGAUAGUCUGGAAUCUUUCAGCAUAUCAGAUUCGGAUACUGGUGAUAUAGUGCAAGCGAUUGUGAAACCUACGACUGGUUCAUUUUCCCAGAAGAAGCAAGAUAAACGACGGGCUACUAAGAAAAAGGUUAGGGCAAAAGCGACAGCAGAGAAGGCUCCCAAGUUGGAAAUCCCAGGAUCUGCAAAGAGGUUAAAGAUCAGGGAGAAGGCCGUGCUAACUGAUGUGUUUAGUAAAUACGGUUCGCAAUCUGCUAUAGCUUCAGUAGAAGAGAGCUAAUCCACGUCCUGACUUCCAAUUCUUUUGAAACAUUAUACUAGCACCCGUGUCCAUGGAAUCCAAACUAUGUCAUUUAGAAUUAGUACUCCAAAGAGAAGAGAUGGAUAUUGUUUGUGAUCUACAUGCUAUACUCCCAAGACCGGCUUUCCAGUUUCAAUUUUGUAUCACAUAAAUUUUUAUCAUUCUUAAUACGUUA